AUCCCAUCAUCAGACGUGCAUUGUCGAAAUAAACCACGGUGGAAUAAAUUUACCUUUAUUUCAGCAGUGCUGAAAUAUAGCUGUCACGCGCGGCGAAGAAUGUUCAUAUUACUCGGAAUUAACUAUAAAGUAAUCAUUUUUAGUAAAAUCGAAUCAGAUUUAACAAAACAAACAAUUUGAUACCAAGAUGUAAUAUAGUUUUUACACAUACUGCAACUCAAAAAGCAAAUAAACAUUAUUUACAAAUAUUAAGUGCGCGUACUCGUGACGUCAUCAUUAAUACGUCAUACGACACAAUGCAUGUUGUUUCACGCUAAAGAUGCAGUUGUUUAGUGUCUUUUUUUCAUUAUUUCUUAAAAAUCGGGGACGUAGAGGUAUGAUAAACAAAAACAGGUUGGUUACUGAUCUUUUUGUAAUGUAUUAGGCUCGACACGAUUAAAAUAAUGAAACAAUGUUUGCUUAAAAUAUCUUUGGGAUUUUCCGUCUAGUUCGAUUUUCCUAUUCUAUGUUUAAAGAAAUAAUUUACGACUAAGAAAAUUGAUGGGAUAAAUCGAAUACUAGGUCGGUGCCGAAUAAAGCAAAGUUUAUCUUGCUCGGCACGAAAAUCUGAACCACUCGCCAAGGCUCGUGGUUCAGAUUUUCUAAGCCUCGCAAAAUAAACUUUGCUUUAUUCGGCACCGACCUAGUAUUCUCUAUAUCCACUGGUUAACUUUUACAUAUAUCCCAUAAUCCAUUGUAAAUUUGCGCAAAAAUGGCCGACAUGUCGUCAAGCCAGACGUCAAACUCAAAUAAUUUGGAUACGGCAGCAAAAAAGAGAAAACGGGGUCCAAAUUAUACGGCCUCUGAACUUGCAGUAUUGGAGGAAGAGUUUUCCGCAAACCGUUCCUUAUUGGAAAGUAAUCUUUCGGAUAAGGUAACGCAUGCACAACUUAAACAUUGUUGGCAACAAAUCGCCGAUAAAGUAAAUUCCGUUGGACACCACUUUCGAUCUGGGACAGAAAUAAAAGAAAAGUGGCGUCAAAUGGUAAAGAAAGCCAAAAAAGAAUUUAGUGAGUUCAAGAAGGAGUCCACGAAAACAGGUGGCGGACGACCUCCAAGUAACCCGCCGUCCACAUCAUCUCGAAUCAUUGAGAUGUACAAGGACACUGCUGGGUUUUCCGGGAUCCCAGGUGCGGCAGACCUCGAAACCUUCAUCUUUCAGGACGGUGAAGUGCUCAACCAUACACAGACUGGUAAGGCUUUUUUAACAAUCACAUGCUACGAGCUAGAGACGUCAGCGUAGUACUAUGUAUACAAUGGGUGAAAUGAAGGGUUUACUCGCAUACUUCGGUGAUGCCGAUCUAAGUACGUUCCUAUUGCUGAACUUCUGAAGACAUGGGCAUCGUGUGCAGCUCCCGGCCAUGCUGCAUUGAUGCUGGUGAUAAGACCUUAAAUAUAGCAGAAACCAACACAUGUGCUAGUGUUUCUCGGCUGUUUAAGAUCAAUAAUUAGAACAUCGCCAGCUAUAAAUAGGACAGCAUUUUCUGGGGAAAAGAUUAAAUAAAAGUUUUAAAACGUUAAUUUUUUAUCCGUUAGAUCCAAUCUUUUAUAUGAUUAUAAAUCAAUCAAACAACUAUGUAUGUUUUGUAUUGUACUUUACAUUUGU